AUGAUCGGAUCCACUGCUGAACGACGAGAUGCCCGUCUGGACUUUCAGACAGCGCGGCUUGCUCCAAGGAAGCCUAACAGUCGCGCCCGUGACCGUCAUUGCCAGUGUGACAUUUGGUUGGACACGGUAAUUCAUGAAAUGUGCCGUGGUUUACGAAACCUUGCUUAUUGAUCGCGAUAGGACAUUCACAUUUCACGUAUCUUCGGGAUUCGGUGGUGGGAUAGUCUGUGGCAUUAACUUUGACCCCUUCAACGUCGAAGCGUCUGUUUGCAUGUCGUCACUUUCAACGCCCUGUUGACCACUUCCAAGUUAGAUGGACAUCAGAGGCGAGACGGCUCAUUUGCUGCUAAGAGGAGAGAAUGAUUAAUCGCGCGAAGACUGCCGUCGAUGUGCAGACCUCUGCCAAUUUUUGGCUCAUAUACAUCACAAAUCCAAACUUGCUCACAAAACGAAUUGUGCCCCCACCCCUAACUGUGACAGCCCCAAUCUGGGCGAUGUUUUGCGUCGACGGUAUCCUUGUGUAACUGGCGGCAUCGCGGCACUGCCUCCUCCUUCCGCAUCCACUCCCGCUUCAGACGCAGACAUCUGAAGUACUCGUGGGAAAACAAUCUGAUGGGUUUUACGACCGCUCAGUGGGAGGGAAUGGGCAAUGGAUGGUUUGUGAUUGACUGGACAUCAAAUCAUCUGGCUGAUCACACUUCAGACAUACUGUUGGGAUAGUAGUGGAUGUAGGGCCACCUACUGUAUUUGAGGAUGGCGAUUGAACGGAAUGCUCAUGCAGGAGAUUCCGAAAAUCGACGAAACGACUGCUUAUUCGCGAGAGUGCUGCAAACUGGUGAAAUCCAAACGUUCCAAUCAGAAGUGGAGCUGCUGACAAUUAUCUGCAGAGUAAAGUUAGCUUAAGCUUUUCCGAAUAAAAGACCUCUCCUGCCCUUAUGAAAGCUCUUGUGCCUUGUUGCGUUUACGCACAAGUUUUUUUUUAUUCCAACAACACAAAGAUACGUUGCGUUCGUUGUUUGUUUUAAAUAUUUAAGGGCGCCGACUUUUGGUUUUCCGGGUCAAGUUUAGAGGGAAUAAUGUCCAACUUUGACUGAAGCACCAAACCGGCAUUCAUAUUUCACGUGUCUUUGGGACACAGUGUUGGCAUAAACACUGACCACUUCAAUGUCGAAGCGUCUGUCUGCAUGCCGCGACAUUCAGCGCCCUAUUGACCACUUCCAAGACAUUUGAAAGUUCGGAGGCGAGAGGUCUAAUUCGCUGCUAUCAGGAGAAAAGGGUUAAUUGCGCGAAGACUGUCAUCGAUGUGCAGACCCCUGACGAUUUUGGGCUUCCAUGCAUUACAAAUCCGAACUAGCUCACAAAACUAAUUGUACCUCCCCGUCCCUAACUGUGGCAGCCUCCACCUCGACAAUGCUUGCGUCGACGGUAUCCUUGCGUAACUAGUGACAUCACGACAAUGCCUCCCCCUUUCGCAUCCACUUCCGCUUCAGAAGCAGACAGUUGAGGUGCCCGUGGGAAAGUAAUUUGCUGGUUUUUACGACCACUCAGUUGGAGGGGAUAGGCAAUGGAUGGUUUGUGAUUGACUUCAUGCCAGUAUUUAUAAAGCAGCCUUUGGAAGAUGUGUCACAGUCGUUCCUGUGUCAUUUAGUGCCCACGUGUCACUCGGCCGACACCCCCGUGCUGACUUCCUGGGGAGUUCCUACUUCUGUGUCCUAGCCUUAACUCUGUCCCUAAUCCUAGUCCCAACCCUCCUCAGAAUUUGGUUCAAGGUCGACUCAAAUACAGGGGGAGUCCAACUGGUCAUUUCUCGAUCAAGGAAUAUGGGGCAUUCGGAGACUCGUAAGUAAGGUGUGGUUAUGUACCCCCAACUGAUGGACAAAGUACUGUCGGGGUUGGGGUUACGGGCUAGGGUUAGGGGUUAGAGUUCGAGGUUAGGGUUAGCGGAUAGAGUUAGGGCUAGGGUUAAGGGUUGGAACAACUAUUCCUCAGUCACUCAAAGUCCAACCGCGCAUUCGCAAUAGUUUUUUUGCAUACAACGGGCUGACCUUGUCUCCUGUGUUUUCCUCGGCCCCACCCGUAAAAACCCAUAUUAAUCCCGGUCCGGUAUUACAUGGGGUUGGGGUUUGCUUACCUUAGGUGGGGCCACAUAACCACAUCUGAUCCUCCACUUAAUAAUAAACGGCUUUAAUCGAAUUGAAAACAUGACAAAUUAUUAUAUUCUGUUGUUUAUAAAUAGCAAUUUUUAGAAAAGCGGAAGUUUCGAAGUCCUCAAAAAUCGUUGUAAAACUCAUUUCCUUCUUCUCAUAUUAGAACGGCGAUUUCUAAUGCGUGUUUUUCCUGUCGGAUCCUGGAUUUUCUGGGUAUUAAUCCCUGCCUUACAACCACAAGUCAUUAUGGAUAAAUGUUGCGACGUAUUUAUUGCAGUAAAUUUCCACAAUGUUGACUCAUAACGAUACCGCGCUUUGUUUUUCUCCGUCUUUGGACCACAUGCCGUUACCGAACACUAAGCAAUAUGAGAGGGUGGAUAUGUAAACAGUCUGAAUCAUUGCAGUCGGGGAAAAUUCAUAAAGUGAGCAUACUUUCAACAGCAUCAUUUUAGAAGUCGACGAACAAACGCAGACGUGUACCCAAGGUAAGCAAGUCGCAACCGUGCAAACAUGUGAUUUCGGGGGAAAAGUGGUUAUGUUUCAGUGUUGCCGAAAUGAUAGAUGAGUUUCGGAGGCAUACUGCCACCGCCGUUCAGGCUUAUGUAGUCGCUGAUAGGCCAGAAUAUCUCCCAAUGCUGCAGUGCGACCAAGGCAAGUCAAUGACGUAACUGGCGUUCUUUUACGCUUGCUUCGCAAAAACAGCCGUCUGUGGGUUUCGUUUGCUUCAGUCAUAAAACCACCACCGCCGUAGUGCAUGAGUCCUUGCCUCACGUUCACUUCAGUGGGGUCAUGUACCCAAUCGUUGCCUAGCCUGUUAACGCGGCAGUCCUCAACAGCCCUCUCUCACGUCAUCGCCAAAUACCAUUCGAGAUGCCCAUGAGAACGCUAUCAGCAAAAGCAACCCUCAUAUGUUUCUUCUCAUAUUAGAAAACACUUUCCCAAAGCGUACAUUUAUUGAGGAACACUGGAUCCUCUAGGUAUUGAGUUCUGUGGUAUAAGCAUGAGCCAUUGUGACUAAGCGUAGGAACAUACCAACUGAAUAAAAUCCCCAUUGUGUAGCUGUAUUAGGAUACCGCGCGUUAUUAUUUUUGGGCUUUAAAGUAAACCCUGCACUAAGCAAGAUGAGCGCACAUUAAAGCAUAUCAUUAUGGGCGUAGAUAGCAAAAGACUGUCUAAAUCAUUGCAGUCCGGGGAAAUGCAUAAAGUGAGCAUACUGUCAACAGCAUCAUUUUGGGAGUUUAUAAAUAAAUUCAGACGUCGUAAAACGCAUUCUCUCAAAGACUGAUUACACAAAUUCGUCAGAAUGGUGACGGAGAUGAUAAAAUUAUCUGUUGUUGAAACAGUGAUGUAGCUCUAGCGAGUGAGUACCAGUUGCUAGCCCUAUACUACGCUCAGUUUCUCCUGUAAAAAUGAUUUCAAAGCCUGUAGGCAUUACUGCCGCCCUCAUUUCUCCUCAUUGUAACACAUACACUAUAUUAUAUUUGUUUUUGGAACGUGUUACCAGGCAAAAUAUCCCUACAGAUACAAAAACAUCAACUAAGUUAGCAUGUACACUACAAGCACAUGAAUACCUUUAGGAAUCGGUUUUCUAUAGGCCGCGUAGUUUGCGUUUGUACCCCCGUUCAGACGUGAAUACAGUUCAGUCAGACCUUAUAUAUGCACUCAAAAUGCGGUUAUUGUCACCUUCAAUCAACCAUCUCCAUAUUUAGUGGCUCUCGGAGACCGUCCAACACAGUCCAGCAUCAUGUUUACUUGCACUUCUUAUAGCUUCCCGUAUGUUGUUUCCGUUUUAGCGCUUGUCCCACGAUUUCUGCAUAAUUUGUGCCAACAACUUUUACCGUUACUGAUAGCUGAAUAGACAUGUGGAUUCUAGACGCUGUAGGACCUGCCAGUUGCUUAAAUUAUUGCCUGUAAAGUGCAAACAGGUCUUCCUUCAUCGUCGUGAAACAUCAAUUCUAUUGCGAAUCCGUGGGCUUACCAAGUCGAGCAGGCACUUUCGGGGCCUUUUUUUAUUAUGGUCAAAUUAGCGGACUGGGAGUAGGGUGGAGUGGGGUGGGGUGGAGGGGGUAGGGGCUAAAACAGAAAUAUCUCUACCAGGGUUGCUGUACUUUUAUCAGCAGGUAAAACUGCAUACAAUUAAGCCCGUAAUUCAAUUAGAGUGCCAAUUGUGAGUGAAAUCGACGAGAAGCAGCAGCAGAAGCAGCUUAGGAAGCGCUAGAUGAUGUAGAAAAUGCAAAAUGCACAGUGUAACAUGCAGCAUUUUCUGCACUGGGAAAGGAUUCUCCAAGACUCUACCUGGUGUGUGGGGGUGAUUUGGAAGGGGCAUCGUGAAGAAGAGUUUUCAAAGCCAGAGGUCAGGGUGAACCAGAAGGCCAGCAUUGCAUUCAAGUGGGCGUUGGAAUAAUCCAUCAAGACUCUCCGAGGAGAAAGGUCAGGACAGGCCGGGAAAUAUGUCAGUGAGGAGGAGGAGAAGGAAGAGGAGAAGAAGAAGAAGAAGAAGAAGAAGAAGAACAAGAACAAGAAGAACAAGAAGGAAGAGAAGAAGAAGAAGAAGAAGAAGAAGGAGGAGGAGGAGGAGGAGGAGGAGGAGGAGGAGGUGAAGGAACAGCCUGGUAAAGAGCGCUAUCUUAUGUCUUGA